GAGCCGUCCGCAUGUGAACUGCCGUGGCAAAGAGAAAAUAAAAGGGUCAUUAUUUACCAAUACAUACUGGACAAUCUUUCCUCUGAAAAGAAGUUAUUUCAAAGGACCUGGAAGCAUUGGAUGAAGAUGUUUAGUAAGCCUGAAAAAAAGAGGAUCCGUAAACUGACGUUUCCCAGACUAGUGUUCUUAAUUUUGUCUUUAAUAAACUAUAGUGCUUUUGGUCAGAUAAUCUGUAGCAGACAGAUGUCCACUGAUUGGCACUUACAGCCACAGAACAUCACAAUCAAGUGGACCUUGACAGAAAAUAUUUGCUCAGAUGACUCUGAGUGCUGGAAUAUUAAAAAGAAAGAUGGGGAAAAGCAUAUGUCCAACAUUGAACUUUUUAACUUCCCACAAAUAUGUCCCCUUCAUUUACAACUAGGAGACAAAUUGUUUGUUUCUUUUGAUUCAACAUUAGAAUUAUAUGGGAUCAAGAUUAUCAAUGUGUCCAAAUAUGAAUUUGAAAGUUGUUCUACAACUAGCUAUUCUGAAGAUCAGGUACUCUUCAUGAACGACAUGAAGGACGAUAAAGAAGUUAACUCCAAGUGGCUUACUCCUGCCACUCAUUACUUUAUAGCCAUCCAUGAAGACAAUCCUCAGUUAUGCAAGUUGGGUCUUCGAAUUAAUGUGACUGUGAAGGAACAGUAUUGUACAGGCUCCAGAAAUGCACAGCUUUGCUCUGGAAAUGGGGUUUGUUUGACUCGUGUCUGGGAAAAGAAGUACAGCUGCCAAUGCAACAAAACCUAUUCUGGAGAGUUCUGUGAAGAGUACGAUGCUUGUUCUGAAAACCCUUGUUGGAGUGGCGCAACCUGCCGGAGCCAUGCAGUAACAUCCCAUCAGAGCAAGCCAUAUGAGUGCAUAUGUCCUUCCAAGUUUACAGGUAUCCAUUGUUUUGAUGUCAUUGGUAACUGCAGCCCUUCCUCAUGUCAUAAUGGAAGCUGCCACAUCAUAACUCCAAACUCCUUUCAAUGUGUCUGUGACCAGGGGUUUACAGGUCCAUUAUGUGAACAAAAGAAGGCACCUUGUGACUCACAGCCAUGUAAAAAUGGAGGCGUAUGCAAGAACAACAAGGCAGAAUUCAUUUGUGAUUGUCUACCUGGAUUUACCGGAAACAUCUGUGACACUAAACUGGAUGAAUGCAUGUCAUAUGGAUGUCAUCAUGAAAUAGCAUGCGUCACAGACGAAAAUUGUGAGCGUCAGAGGGAUCUAUGCGGCUCGGCCCCCUGUAUGAAUAAUGGCAGUUGUGAAGAUCUGGCAAAUGACUAUUAUUGCAGAUGCCUUAGAGGGUUUACUGGGAAGAACUGUGAGGAUAUAAUUGACUACUGCAGGCUGCUCAGCGUCAACUGUCUGAAUGAAGGAUUGUGUCUCAAUAUAAUUGGCGGAUAUAGUUGUCUUUGUGCUCCAGGCUGGACAGGAGAGUUCUGUGAAUAUGUGGAGAAUGCAUGUCUGAUAUAUCCAGACAGAUGCACCAAGGGAGCAACAUGUAUUGAUGUCAGUCUGCCAAAGACACCACCAAAAUACAAAUGUAUUUGCCAACAUGGCUACACAGGAGAGCACUGUGAGACAGAAAUAAAUGAAUGCAUUUCCAACCCGUGCAGACACGAGGGAUCUUGCAGUGACUUUGUUGGACACUAUAAGUGCACAUGCCCCAUGGGUUUUUCAGGACACAACUGUGAGGUGGAUAUAAAUGCCUGUGAUUUUCUGAACACCAGCUGCCCUCUUGACUACUUGUGUGUAGAUCUGCCGAUUGGACUUCAGUAUGUGUGCCUCCUACCAUGUCCUGGGCACAUAAAGCAGACAUGUGCAAAUGGGGGCCGCUGUUUCCUGAAGGACGCUGAGAGCUACACCUGUGUCUGCCCAUCUGGGUGGACUGGACAUAAUUGUUUGGAAAACAUAGACGAAUGUGAAGAGCACUGGUGUCAGAAUGGAGCUACCUGUGAGGAUGCCAUCAAUGGCUACAGGUGUGUGUGUCCUCGUGGAUUUACUGGACCAUUCUGUGAAUCCAGUAUUGAUUACUGCUUGGGAAGUCAGUGUUCAAAUCUCAGCACCUGUGUGGUCCAGCAGUACAGUUAUACAUGCCGCUGCAUGCUUGGAUAUGAAGGGCAGUUCUGUGAAAUGGAAAUCAAUGAGUGCAACAGUUCCCCAUGUAAAAAUGGAGCCAGAUGUGUGGAUCUAGUUGGUGACUUCUUAUGUCAUUGUGCUGUAGGGUUCGAAGGAAGGACGUGCUCUGAAAAUGUGGAUGACUGCUGGUCUAGACCUUGUCUUAAUGGAGGGUCCUGUAUUGACCUUAUCAAUAAAUACCAAUGCCUUUGCCCUUUUGGUUUUGAGGGAGAAGACUGCUCAGUAGACCUGGACCUUUGUGGAAUGGAUUUAUGCCACACGCACACAAUGGAAUGUGUAGAAACCGACAAUGGGCAGAAUGUUAGCUGUUUAUGUGACAAGGGUUUCAUUGGGCAUUUCUGUGAGAUAAAUGUAAAUGAGUGUGACUCCGAGCCCUGUCAGAAUGGUGCCGUGUGUUUGGAUGAUGUCAGCAGAUACUUUUGUUUUUGCCCUGAAGGCUUUGAGGGCCUGAACUGUGAGAUUAAUUUUAAUGAAUGUGACUAUGGAUUUUGCACAAACAACUCUACAUGUACUGACCUGGUGGGUGACUAUGAGUGUACAUGUCCUCCGGGUUUUACUGACAAAAACUGCUCUACUGAUAUUAAUGGAUGUGAGUCUGAGGCUGACCCAUGCAGAAAUGGUGGCACUUGCUACAAUCUGAUUGGGGAGUAUCGUUGUGUCUGUGCACCUGGGUUCACUGGCGAUUUCUGUGAGGUAAACAUUGACAACUGUCAGGAGAGGCCUUGUGGAGCGCUGAGUAUUUGCAGAGAUGCCCUGGAUUCUUAUGAGUGCUUCUGUGCUCCUGGAUUUAUAGGCAAUAACUGUGAGAUUGAAGUAGAUGAGUGUCGGAGUGACCCCUGCCAGAAUGGUGGCACUUGCUUUGAUGAGCUGGAUGCCUUUAGCUGUCUGUGCCCUGCAGGAAUUGAAGGCAGCUCUUGUGAGAUCAACACAAAUGAGUGUCAAUCAUUGCCUUGUCUCCAUAAUGCAACAUGUACUGACCUUAUCAAUGGGUACGAAUGCAGUUGCCUACCAGGAUUCACUGGUGCACAUUGUGAAACUGACAUAGACGAGUGCGCUUCUUCUCCCUGCAAGAACGGUGCCACUUGCAUUGACCAGCCUGGUAAUUACUUCUGCCAAUGUGUGGCUCCAUUUAAAGAAAUUAUCAGAGGCCAGAACUGUGAAUUCAGGCCUUGUGAGGCCAAUAAUCCUUGUGAGAACGGGGCUGACUGUGUGGAGGAGAUGGAGCUGGACACAUUCCCCCUCGGAUUCCGCUGUCAGUGUGUGACAGGCUUUACUGGGCCACGCUGCGAGAUCAAUGUCAAUGAGUGCAGCUCCAACCCGUGCCUCAAUGGAUACUGCUAUGAUGUUGUAGGUGGGUUUUACUGCCUCUGUAACCCAGGGUUUGCUGGAGUGAGGUGUGAGCAGGACAUCGAUGACUGUGUUAACCAUGUGUGUGAAAACAAUUCAACAUGCUUGGAUCUCCAUUUGACCUACCAGUGUCUCUGUCUUCCUGGCUGGGAAGGAGAGUUCUGCCAGCAAGAAAUUGAUGAGUGUGCUUCUUACCCCUGCAAGAACAAUGCAUCCUGCACUGACCUCUUCAACAGCUACAGCUGUACCUGUGCUCUGGGUUGGAAAGGGGAGGACUGCAACGAAGAUGUGAAUGAAUGUGAAUCCAGCCCUUGCCUAAACGGUGCCACAUGCAUUGAAUCUGCCCUGCCAGGAAUAUUUAAAUGCAUCUGCCCUCCAUUCUUCACCGGCGGCUUGUGUAAACAGCCCUACGAUCCCUGUGACACACACUACAAUCCAUGCAUGCACAACUCCACCUGCUUGACACAGAUCAACGGGACUGCAAUCUGCAUCUGUCAUGAGGGAUUUGAAGGUAUUCACUGUGAAAUUGACACCAACGAGUGCAGCUCUGGCCCUUGCCAGAAUCAGGGUCAUUGUCUGGAUGGGGUCAGUAGCUACAGCUGUGAGUGUAAGCCUGGGUUUUCUGGCUCUCAUUGUGAGGAGGACAUCAAUGAAUGUGCCUCAAUACCUUGCAAAAACAAAGGGACAUGCCACGAUCUUAUAAACAGGUUCCGCUGUGAUUGUACACCUGGGUACUUUGGAUCUCUCUGUGAGUUAGACGUCAAUGAGUGUGAGGCAUCGCCGUGCCUGCAUGAAGGCAGCUGCAUCAACAUGCCUGGAGGCUUCCAGUGUGUUUGUCUCCCCGGAUUCUCAGGUAAAUGGUGUGAAGUAGAUGUCAAUGAAUGUGCCUCAGAUCCAUGCCUGAACAGUGGAAGAUGUAUUGAUGAUGUCAAUCGUUAUCAGUGUUUGUGUGCCAGAGGCUUUAUGGGAUCAAAUUGUGAAACAAACAUUGAUGAAUGUGCAUCAAACCCUUGUCUUCAUGGGAGUUGCACUGAUGAGAUUAACAAGUAUGUGUGUCAUUGUGAACCUGGCUGGACCAGUGAAAGAUGUGAGAUUAAUAUUAAUGAGUGUGAUUCCAAUCCCUGCUUCAAUGGAGCAUCCUGCGUUGAUCUUGUCAACAAAUAUGCAUGUUUCUGCCUGGACGGUUACUAUGGAAAGCUCUGUGAAAUAGAUAUGGACGUCUGCCAGGAUUCCCCACAGACGUUCUCUCUCUGCUUCAAUGGAGGAACAUGCCUGGAUGGACCUGCUGCCAAUUUCACCUGCAGAUGUCCUUCAGGAUUUUUGGGAGACUUUUGUGAGGUUGAGAUUAAUGAAUGCUUCUCAGCACCAUGUCUCCAUGGAGCUAUCUGCCAAGACCUUGUGGAUGGGUAUCUCUGCCACUGUAGACCAGGUUGGACAGGCCGUCACUGUGAGAAUGACAUUAAUGAGUGCCAGUCAGGGCCGUGUGACCAGGGGAUGUGUAUCCAGAAGCAGCCUGGUCAUGGCUACACCUGCUUUUGUCGUCCUGGAUUUGUGGGAAAGAACUGUGAACAUAACUACAAUGACUGUCUGAUCCAGUCCUGCCCAGAUGAGUAUUAUUGUGUGGAUGGAAUUAACAAUGUCACCUGCAUUCCCGCUAUUACAUCCACUCAUAACGUGACUGGAAUCACUCAGACAACCGAUUGGAGCCCCCUUAUCAAUCCCACACCAGUGCUGCUGUCCUCAGCUCACUUAGAAGCAAGCUUACACGGUGCAUACCAAACAGAAGGUGAAGAGUUCACUUCUGUGUACUACUCUGGUGAUUCGUAUAUGGAGUUCGAUGGCAUUGACCUGGUGCCGUCCUUGAAUAUUUCCCUCAGAUUUCAAACAGAACACUCAGAAGGAACCAUUCUUUAUGCAGAUAAACGACGAGGCACAAAUGUCUUUUUCAUUAAACUUGCUGUUGAGCAAGGAUGGCUACAGUAUUACUACUGCUGUAGUCAAGAAGAGAGAGGAAGAAACCUAAAUACAACUAUUCGGGUUGAUGAUGGAGGAGAGUACAUGGUUCGCAUCAGACAACACCAGGCGUCUUGUGAAGUGGACGUGACUGUGUCUGGGUUUGAGACUGUUGGGAGCUUGCCCAGUAAUUACUGGCCAGGACUCCACAUACAAAAAGCAGGCCCUCUCUUCCUUGGGGGUUUACCUUCAAGCUACUGGCCGUAUCAGGGUGCAGAACCAUUCUACAACUUUACAGGCUGCAUUGAAAUAAUAGAAAUCAAUAAGCUGAGUGGUUUCUACCCUUCCAAUGCUGUAAGCAGGAGCAGUGUCAGCACCUGCAGGUUCCCCUGGCAUACAGAAACAUCAACAGCUUUAAAAGCAAGUCAAUCUCCCUGGACCACUGCCAUCAGCAAAGUGCCUGCAUUUUCACAGUUUCCAACACCAGCUCCAUCUCCGCCGGCCUCCUCCUGUCAAGAGAUGCUAUGUCAAAAUGGGGGAACUUGCCGGCAUGUGCAACUGAAGAGUGGUGCCACUUCCUUUGAGUGUGAAUGUCCUCUACAUUUUACAGGUCGCUUCUGUGAAAAAGAUACAGCAGUAUUUUUCCCAUCUUUUAAUGGAAAGUCUUACAUGGAGAUCCCUUCACCUCUGGCUCUGCUGAAGCACGGCACUGACAGUGACCCCCCGUUAUCUCCAGAUGCAGAAAACCCUGUUACCCUUUACAUCACAGUGAAAACAAAUGCUUCACAGGGCACCAUACUUUACAGUCGAGAAGAAAACUUCGGGGAUCGUUUUUUGCACGUAUUCCUGAAUGAUGGAAGACCAGUAGUGAAGUUUGGUUGCAGUGGUAUCCAUAUUUUGACUGCGUGGGCAGAUCAGAACAUCAGCAAUGAUAAACUGACACCAGUCACAAUACGAUAUCAGCUGCCUGUUGGUACAAAUGGAGGACACUGUAUUAUAGGAGUAGCUGUGGAUAAUGGUCCUCUUACACUGCAGAAAGAAUACCUGCACCAACGUGUGUCAGAGGUUACUUUUGGCCCACUAUUCCUCGGAGAUAUUCCCUCACAUUCUGAACUGCACGAUGGAGCUGGGGAGGUAAUUGGCUUUCUUGGUUGCAUUAGAGAGCUGCAAGUGAAUACAAAGGAGCUCUGUAUUGUGGAGGAAGCAGUGAGAGGGAGAAACAUUGAGAACUGCAACACCCCUGUCUGCCAGCACAACCCCUGUCGCAAUGGAGGCACGUGUGUCAGUGAUUCAGAAAACUGGUUUUGCAAAUGCCCUGACUUCUACUCUGGAAAACUCUGCCAGUUUCAUGCCUGUGACAGAAGCCCUUGCAGUCACGGUGCGACCUGCAUACCCACAUCUACCCAGGAUGCAGUGUGUCUGUGCCCAUAUGGGAGAGCAGGGGUCCUGUGUGACGAAGCUAUCAAUAUCACCAGGGCCAGAUUUAGUGGAACAGAUGAGUUUGGAUAUACAUCUUAUAUGGCGUAUUCCAGAAUCCCAAAUAUGGACUCCUACUAUGAAUUCCAACUGAAACUGACAUUUGCCAACAAUGGGUCUGCUGUAAAGGACAACAUUAUCCUUUUCACUGGACAAAAAGGGAAAGGUAUCAAUGGGGAUGAUUUCCUGGUCCUGGGUGUGCGCAAUGGCCAAAUUGUGUACAAAUUUAAUCUGGGAUCUGGAGUCACCACCAUUUUAAGUGAACCCCUCACGCUGGGCCAGCGUGUCCACGUCAUUCGCUUUGGCAGAUUCCUCAAAACGGGCUGGCUGAAGGUGGAUGAGCAAAAGAAUAAGACUGGAUCUUCUCCAGGACACUUGGUUGGUUUGAAUGUUUUCAGCAAGUUCUUUCUGGGUGGAUACAAUGAGUAUACUCCAGAACUACUGCCCGUGGGUGCUCAGUUCCAGAAUGGGUUUCAGGGCUGCAUCUUUGAUCUGCAAGUUCGGACUAAGAGGACGGCCCAGUUCCGAGCUCCAGGAGAGCCAGAGGUCCAUGCUGAUGCUGGCCGCAGCGUGGGUCAGUGUGAAAGCACAGCGUGCACAAUGAUCACCUGCGGGAAUGGAGGAUCAUGUGUGGAUUCGGGCUCCACUGUGUAAUUUAACUUGAACUGUCGAAGAUCUUACUGAUAUUCUAUGUAGUAACUUCAAUCCUUCAUAAA